AAAGGAAAGCAGUAAAGGUCAUGUAAACCCAAUUUCUGCAAAUUCAUAAUAACUGUAUAUGAAAAUCCAACUGGGUUAGGUGCUGGAGUUAAUACAACGAUAAACUGGACAAGAAUCGGAAGGAAAAUACAUUUAAGACAAAAUCCGUAAGACUUGGCGCAUAACCUUGCUAGUUCAAGAAGCUCUUUCACACAUAUUAUCUUAUUUAACCCCCACAAAUAGCCUAACAAGUAGGUUUUGUUACCAUUCCAAUCAGGCUUUUGUCCUCCACUUAAACUGUACUCCCCAAGGUGACUUCUGUGUUGCUAAAUGCUCAACAGGUACUCACUUCAGGCACAACAUUUAAGGGAGCACCAAAAAACUAAGUGAUCAAGAUGAAUAACAUUUUUAUUUUUUAAAAUUAAAAUUAAUGCAAAAAAAUCCAUGAAUAACAAAAUACCAACAUUUAAAAUAAAGAGGAUUCUCAGGACUGGGCUCGCCUACCUGGAUGCCCCAACGGAACCCCUCAUUCACAGUGGGAUUGAAUGACCUCGAACUAAAGUGUCACGUACUUCCUGCUCGUGAUGCUCGUGAGCCCGAACGAAGGCUGAAAAACUUCAGGGGGAGCCAUUCUGCCUAUCACCCCUAGUUCCAGCGCAGCAGCCCAGCGUGCACCACGCAGGUGGAAACUGACCCCGUGCUUUUGGAACAGGCUGGAACUGGGGGUGCUUGUGCCUGUGCAUGUAUGUAUUGCACACGUGUGCAUGCACGCUUCUCGUCUUGCUUCUAUUUCCAAGUCCCAGUUCAGGACAGGGCAGAGAACUGCUUUCCAGUAUGCGCCCUGAGCUCGGACUUUGCGCUUGCAGACUGAGGCGCCGGCCUGCAUGGGAAGACAGAAGCUCAGAAUUCCUUCCUGCACAAGUGGCAGGUGGAGUGCAACUCUUUUUGGUGCCUCAGUCCGAGACAGGGACACGCCAUUCCCUGCGAGGUAGCAAAGGUACCUGAACCUACAUAACCAAGCCCUUAAAGUCUCCGCGGCACCUCUUAAUCGCCUUCCCGUAGCUAUUGGAGGUAGAGAAACCGCAGCGGGAAGCGCCCCCAGAGAGGGCAGUGGAGCAAGGGACACUGGAGGUGCAGAGGGCGGAGGAGCAUCUCCUUUCGCUCCGCCCCGCCUCUUUUCCUGCCUCCGGCCAAUUGCCGUGCGCUCCGAGCCUUGACCCCGCCUCUCCCCGCCUCCUCCGGACUGCGGCCCCGCCCGCGCCGGUAAUAAUUAGCGUGCGGGCGGGGCUCGCCGCGUCAGCCCCGGGAGCCGGCCAAUCCAGUGGCUCUCCUCCGCGGUCGCGUCAUAGGCCGAACAACCAAACAGAAAAGUUUAAUAAACAGCGGACGGAGGGGCCGGCGGUGGCGGAGCCGGAGCAAGCAGGGGUUCGGCGGCCUUACCUGUACCCAUUUACCGGCGGCUACCGGCGGCUACCGGCGACGGCGGGCAGCGCGUCAGGCGGAGAGAGCCGCCGCCAGGAAUGAAUCUGAAGUCUGCUGCAGUAAAACACAGAAGGCUUUAAAAUGUUUUCUUGCAUAAAAUUCAAAACUUUUAAGUAGCUGCUUAUGAGAAUAGGGAAGGCAGAAAGCUAAUGUCUGUCUCAAGAUACAGGACAGCUGUUUGCUCAUCAACCUCAACUGUGUGUGCAACUGAGGAACAUGGCUCAAGAAACUAAUCAUAGCCAAGUGCCUAUGCUUUGUUCCACUGGCUGUGGAUUUUAUGGAAACCCUCGUACAAAUGGCAUGUGUUCAGUAUGCUAUAAAGAACAUCUUCAAAGACAGAAUAGUAGUAAUGGUAGAAUAAGCCCACCUGCAACCUCUGUCAGUAGUCUGUCUGAAUCUUUACCAGUUCAAUGCACAGAUGGCAGUGUCCCAGAAGCCCAGUCAACAUUAGACUCUACAUCUUCAUCUAUGCAGCCCAGCCCUGUAUCAAAUCAGUCACUUUUAUCAGAAUCUGUAGCAUCUUCUCAAUUGGACAGUACAUCUGUGGACAAAGCAGUACCUGAAACAGAAGAUGUGCAGGCUUCAGUAUCAGACACGGCACAGCAGCCAUCUGAAGAGCAAAGCAAGUCUCUUGAAAAACCGAAACAAAAAAAGAAUCGCUGUUUCAUGUGCAGGAAGAAAGUGGGACUUACUGGGUUUGAAUGCCGGUGUGGAAAUGUUUACUGUGGUGUACACCGUUACUCAGAUGUACACAAUUGCUCUUACAAUUACAAAGCCGAUGCUGCUGAGAAAAUCAGAAAAGAAAAUCCAGUAGUUGUUGGCGAAAAGAUCCAAAAGAUUUGAACUCCUGCUGGAAUACAAAAUUCUUGAGCAUCUGCAAACUAAAAAUUGACUUGAGGUUUUUUUUUUCCUAGUCAUUGGGAAUGUAGAGCAGUGUAUCUUGCAUGUCAUCGGAAGAAUAGAUUUUUGUUUUGGUUUUGUUUUGAAAAUGACUCUGAACAUUUAUUUCCAUUGCAAUUUCUGUGGCUGAGAAGACUUAAACUUUACAAGUAUUAUCCUUUUAAGAUCAUUUUAAUUUUAGUUGAGUGCAGAGGGCUUUUAUAACAAACGUGCAGAAAUUUUGGAGGGCUGUGAUUUUUCCAGUAUUAAACAUGCAUGCAUUAAUCUUGCAGUUUAUUUUCUCAUUGUGUAUGUAUAUAUCGCUUUUCUCUGCAGCACGAUUUUUCUUUUGAUAAUGCCCUUUAGGGCACAACUAGUUAUCAGUAACUGAAUGUAUCUUAAUCAUUAUGGCUGCUUCUGUUUUUUCAUUAACAAAGGUUAUUCAUAUGUUAGCAUAUAGUUUCUUUGCACCCACUAUUUAUGUCUGAAUCAUUUGUCACAAGAGAGUGUGUGCUGAUGAGAUUGUAAGUUUGUGUGUUUAAACUUUUUUUUGAGCGAGGGAAGAAAAAGCUGUAUGCAUUUCAUUGCUGUCUACAGGUUUCUUUCAGAUUAUGUUCAUGGUUUGUGUGUAUACAAUAUGAAGAAUGAUCUGAAGUAAUUGUGCUGUAUUUAUGUUUAUUCACCAGUAUUUGAUUAAAUAAAAAGGAAAACCAGAA